AUGCCGGUGUGUUCGUUGGACAAGGUUGUCUCUUCACACACACUUGUGCUUACUUUGAGAGAUCCAUCGUGUGCAUGGCCAACAAAGGAUGACAUUCUCAACUCUAUCGAGCGCGACAUUACGGACAUUGUAUGUAGCUCAUUUGAAACAAAUACAACCCCCUGUCGUGCAUUUAUUACUCCAUUAGAAAAUAAUGUUUUGAGGCUUUGUAUUACUAUUGAGACGGGUACCUUAGAGGAUGGGACUAAAGUCCACACGACACUCAGUUCCUGGGCGAAAAAGACCUCAGGCCCAUCUCUUGAUGAGCUUGCGAGAGUGUGUUCGGCGACACUAGGAAAUAACCUACCGGUUCUUUUGCAUAUUACAGGGGAAUAUACAAGGGAACCGUGCCGUGGGAAUCUCACAGAUUCCCUUUUACCGCUAUGUCCACCGGACUUUGUGAAGUUCACGACACGUUAUAGACCCGAUGGUAGUGACUAUAUCGAACACAACACCUAUGCGACGUGGCGAGGGCGACAUGAUUUUGAAGUUCAAACCUUCCUCCAAAAUGUAUUACCCCACGAUGGCAUUGUAAACCCUCAUCAAGACUCCGAGAUGGUGCGCCCAUCGGCACCCAACCCGGAGAUGCCCUUUACUCUGAGGACGCAAGAGGGACGUAGCCCCUAUGGGACAACAACCGAACAAGGAGGAAACGAGGGCCCGGGAGCUCAGCCUUUCGCCGAGUUUGACUUUCCCGACACCGACGCGGACUACCCGGAGGCGCUGGACUGCCCAUUCUGGACCGGGCUGUGGGGGAUCGCCCUGAUCGCGGUGAUCCCCUUUGUUCUGAUCUUCUUUCGCUACUCCUGGUACUUGGGGCACCGGCACGCCAAAAAGCGUGAGCGCGCCCUCAUCAUCGAGGACGAGAAACGGCGCCUGAACGGCAACCCGGCCUCCGCCGCGGAGGGCCUGACGGGGGGGGGGCUGUUGCAGGGAGGGCGCCCUGCGGCGGCCCAUGAGGCCGGGGCCUGGGGCUCAGACCCUCUUCCCCACGACCAUCCCACCCAGGGCCUGACGUCAGGGCCCGCCACAAGUGUGAAAAGCAACCUCACGGAUACCACCGCACACGCCGGAGGGGGGGAGGGCGACCACCCCGAGCGACCCACCACCGCAGGGUUUUUUUCGGAGGAGGGAGGGCCCCAACUGGACAGCGGCCACACCCACCAUGAUCCAAACGCGGCGGCGGAGGCCUACACACGCUACGUCUAUGUGGACCCUCAAACCGGUGAGAGCUAUCCGGCUUAUGUUGAUCCCAACACCGGGGAGAUCUACACCCAAUACACAGAAGGGGAUGGAGGGACUGGCCAUCCAUGA